GCCGCCGCCGCCGCCGCCGCCGCCGCUGCCGCCGCGGCUUCAGCACCAGCGCCGGGACAGCGGUGCCGCCCACGGGCAUGGACGGUGACAGCAGCAGCAGCAGCGGCGGCAGCGGUCCGGCUCCCGGCCCGGGUCCGGAAGGGGAGCAACGGCCCGAGGGGGAGUCCUUGGCCCCAGACGGCGGCUCCCCGGACAGCACCCAGACCAAGGCUGUGGCCCCUGAGGCAAGCCCAGAGAGAAGCUGCUCCCUCCACAGCUGCCCCCAGGAGGAACCUUCCAGCUCUUCGGGACCCCCAACAACAACUUCCACCCUCCAGCCUGUGCAUCCAUCCAGCCCCUCAGCCCCUGCCCACUUCCCCUAUCCCCGGGCACUGCAGGAAUACCCGGGGGGCAGUUCCCUGCCAGGACUUGGGGAUCGGGCAGCUCUCUGCUCCCAUGGCUCCAGCCUCAGCCCUUCCCCAGCCCCCUCACAGCGUGAUGGGGCCUGGAAGCCACCCGCUGUGCAGCACCACGUGGUCAGCGUCAGGCAGGAACGUGCCUUCCAGAUGCCAAAGAGCUAUUCCCAGCUGAUUGCUGAGUGGCCAGUGGCCGUGCUGCUGCUAUGUCUGGCUGUCAUCUUCCUCUGCACCCUGGCUGGACUGUUGGGAGCCCGGCUGCCCGACUUCUCCAAGCCUUUACUGGGCUUUGAGCCACGGGACACGGACAUUGGGAACAAGUUAGUGGUCUGGAGAGCACUGCAAGCCCUCACAGGCCCCAGGAAGCUGCUUUUCCUUUCCCCAGACCUUGAGCUGAACAGAUAUUCUCUCCACUUCAGCUCAAGCUCCCACAACACUCUGAGAUCUGCACCCAGGGGCAGUGCCCAGGAGAGCGUUGUCCGGCCUCGGAGGAUGGUGGAGCCCCUGGAGGACAGAAGGCAAGAGAACUUCUUCUGUGGCCCCCCUGAGAAGAGCUACGCAAAGCUGGUGUUCAUGUCCACCUCCUCGGGCAGCCUAUGGAACCUGCAUGCCAUCCAUUCCAUGUGUCGCAUGGAACAGGACCAGAUCCGCUCACAUACCAGCUUUGGGGCUCUGUGCCAGCGGACAGCAGCCAACCAGUGCUGUCCCAGCUGGUCCUUGGGCAACUAUCUGGCUGUGCUCUCCAACCGCUCCUCCUGCCUGGACACUACCCAAGCUGACGCAGCCCGCACACUGGCCCUGCUUCGGACCUGUGCCCUCUACUACCACAGUGGUGCCCUGGUACCCUCUUGUCUGGGACCCGGGCAGAACAAGUCCCCACGCUGUGCCCAGGUUCCCACCAAGUGCUCCCAGACUAGUGCCAUCUACCAACUCCUGCACUUUCUGCUUGACAGGGACUUUCUGAGUCCCCAGACCACUGACUACCAGGUGCCCUCCCUCAAGUACAGCCUGCUCUUCCUGCCCACCCCAAAGGGUGCUUCCCUGAUGGACAUCUACCUGGACCGGCUGGCCACCCCCUGGGGGCUCGCUGACAACUACACCUCUGUCACCGGCAUGGACCUGGGCCUCAAGCAGGAGCUGCUGAGGCACUUCCUGGUCCAGGACACGGUGUACCCCUUGCUGGCUCUGGCUGCCAUCUUCUUUGGCAUUGCCCUGUACCUGCGUUCACUCUUCCUUACGCUCAUGGUGCUGCUGGGGGUGCUGGGCUCACUACUGGUGGCCUUCUUCCUUUACCAGGUGGCCUUCCGCAUGGCCUACUUCCCCUUCGUCAAUCUGGCAGCCCUCCUCCUGCUCAGCAGUGUCUCUGCCAACCACACACUCAUUUUCUUCGACCUGUGGCGCCUCAGCAAGAGCCAGCUGCCGUCCGGGGGGCUGGCGCAGCGCGUGGCCCGCACCAUGCAUCACUUCGGCUACCUGCUGCUGGUCUCUGGCCUCACCACGAGCGCAGCCUUCUAUGCCAGCUACCUGAGCCGCCUGCCGGCCGUGCGCUGCCUCGCCCUCUUCAUGGGCACCGCUGUGCUGGUGCACCUGGCCCUCACGCUGGUCUGGCUGCCCGCCUCCGCCGUGCUCCACGAGCGCUACCUGGUUCGCGGCUGUGCGCGCCGGGCGCGGGGCAGAUGGGAGGGCAGCGCGCCCCGACGGAUGCUCCUGGCGCUGCACCGGCGGCUCCGCGGAGUGCGGAGAGCGGCGACCGGCACCUCGCGCCUGCUCUUCCAGCGCCUCCUGCCCUGCGGCGUAAUCAAGUUCCGCUACAUCUGGAUCUGCUGGUUCGCGGCGCUGGCGGCAGGGGGCGCCUACAUCGCAGGCGUCAGCCCCCGUCUGCGGCUGCCCACGCUGCCACCGCCGGGCGGCCAGGUCUUCCGGCCCAGCCACCCCUUCGAGCGCUUCGACGCUGAGUACCGCCAGCUAUUCCUGUUCGAGCAGCUGCCGCAGAGCGAGGGCGGCCACUUGCCCGUAGUUUUGGUGUGGGGCGUCCUGCCCGUGGACACCGGCGAUCCUCUGGACCCUCGUAGCAACAGCAGCCUGGUGAGGGACCCUGCCUUCUCGGCCAGCGGCCCCGAGGCCCAGCGCUGGCUGCUAGCACUCUGCCACCGGGCCAGGAAUCAGAGCUUCUUCGACACCCUGCAGGAGGGCUGGCCCACACUGUGCUUCGUGGAGACCCUCCAGCGCUGGAUGGAGAGCCCCAGCUGUGCCCGCCUGGGGCCUGACGUCUGCUGCGGCCACUCAGACUUCCCCUGGUCCCCCCAGUUUUUCCUGCACUGCCUGAAGAUGAUGGCUCUGGAGCAAGGCCCCGAUGGCACCCACGACCUGGGACUUCGCUUUGAUGCCCAUGGCAGCCUGGCCGCCCUGGUCCUGCAAUUCCAGACCAACUUCCCUAAUAGUCCGGACUACAAUGAGACCCAACUCUUCUACAAUGAGGUCAGCCACUGGCUAGCAGCAGAGCUGAGCAUGGCACCUCCAGGUCUCCGCCGUGGUUGGUUCACCAGCCGUCUAGAGCUGUACAGCCUGCAGCACAGCCUGAGCACUGAGCCUGCUGUGGUGCUGGGCCUGGCUUUGGCGCUGGCCUUUGCCACACUGCUGCUGGGCACCUGGAAUGUUCCACUCAGCCUAUUCUCCGUGGCAGCUGUGGCAGGCACCGUGCUCCUCACUGUAGGACUCCUGGUUCUACUCGAGUGGCAGCUCAACACUGCUGAGGCGCUUUUUCUCUCUGCCUCAGUGGGUCUCUCGGUGGACUUCACUGUCAACUACUGCAUCUCCUAUCAUCUGUGCCCACACCCUGACCGCCUGAGCCGUGUGGCCUUCUCUCUGCGCCAGACCAGCUGCGCCACAGCAGUGGGGGCUGCAGCCCUUUUUGCAGCAGGUGUGCUCAUGCUGCCCGCCACGGUGCUGGUCUAUCGCAAGCUGGGCAUCAUCCUCAUGAUGGUCAAAUGUGUCAGUUGUGGCUUUGCCAGCUUCUUCUUCCAAUCUCUCUGCUGUUUCUUCGGGCCAGAGAAGAACUGUGGGCAGAUCCUCUGGCCCUGUGCCCACCUGCCAUGGGAUGCUGGUACUGGAGACCCUGGUGGGGAGAAGGCAGGUCGUCCACGACCAGGGUCAGUGGGAGGGAUGCCUGGGUCCUGCUCAGACCACUAUGAGCUACAGCCUUUGGCACGGCGUCGGAGCCCCAGCUUUGACACCAGCACAGCCACGAGCAAGCUGUCCCACCGGCCCUCAGUACUCUCUGAAGACCUGCAGCUCCAUGAUGGCCCCUGUUGCUCCCGGCCCCCACCAGCCCCUGCCUCCCCAAGGGAGCUGCUGCUGGACCACCAGGCAGUCUUUAGCCAGUGCCCUGCCCUGCAGACCUCCUCCCCCUAUAAGCAGGCUGGCCCCAGCCCCAAAACCCGGGCCAGGCAGGACUCCCAAGAGGAGGCGGCUGAGCCCCUGCCAGCCUCACCAGAAGCCCCAGUCCAUUCCCCCAAGGCCAAGGCUGCAGAACCUCCUGAUGGCUUCUGUUCCUCAGCAAGCACCCUGGAGGGGCUCAGCGUCUCUGAUGAGACCUGCCUAAGCACCUCUGAGCCCAGUGCCCGUGUACCAGAUUCUGUGGGUGUGUCUCCAGAUGACCUGGAUGACACUGGGCAGCCAGUCCUUGAGCGGGGCCAGCUGAAUGGGAAGCGGGACACCCUGUGGCUGGCACUGAGGGAGACAGUGUAUGAUCCAUCAUUGCCUGCCUCCCACCAGAGCAGCUUGUCCUGGAAGGGCCGAGGGGGGCCAGGGGAUGGCAGCCCUGUGGUACUGCCCAAUAGCCAGCCAGACCUGCCAGAUGUUUGGUUGCGCAGGCCCAGCACCCACACUUCAGGCUACAGCAGCUGAGGGGUCCUGGGGAGGCUGGACAGGGUGUAGAACCCUGUCAGGGAUGACACAGCAGGGGCAGCACCUGGCUGAAGCUGAAAGGUAUUUCUCCAGAUCCACAGGGAGAGGUCUCACCCUCCAACUGUAGAUGUUAAACCCUGCCAAAUGUCCCAGCCUUGAUCUGUCUGCUCCUACUCCUCAUAUCUGGAGGAUUGCAAUGAGAGGGGUUUUGGAGGGGACCUGCUUGUGACCUGAUGAGGGCUUAUCUGCCCCAUAGCACUAUUUAAGACCCCUCCUCUAGAAGUGGGGAAGGCCAGAUGUCUAGCUUCUGGUAUCAGAGGAGGGUGACCUGGCCCCCAUCCCAACUUCCAAGAACUUCAGUGAGACUAAGGGACCCUAUCCUCGGGAUCUUGUCAGGUUCCUCACUGACCAGAAGAGCCUGCAGGAAUUUCUGCAGCCUCCUGGGUCUCACCCCUUUCAUGGGCUCUUCAUAAGGACACUUCCCUCUCUUUGGGGAGCUUCUCUGGGCAGAAUUGGGCUGGGGACCUCUCUCCCAAACUGCCCUGCUCUCCUCACACUCACUGGUUUGACCAGAAAUUCUCCAAAUCCAGCCAUAGGUGGCUGCUGGGAGUGCAGCAGGAGAAGGAGGAUGGUCAGCCUCGGAGCAUCUCUAAAUUACAGCACAGUCCCUCUUUGGAAGCAGGCUCCUGUGCUCUUCUGUUUUAAUAAACACUAAGAAUCCUCUACAUCCCUGUACAUUUUAGUCUCCUUGGAAUCUAUCUCACUACUUCAUUACAGGGUAUCCUGAUGUUGGUUAGGUUCUUUUGCCCCCACUUUAUAGGUAGACAUUGAGACUAAGUAAGAUGAACUGACCCCAGAGUCACUUAGCCACUAAAUGGCAGAGAGGUUUCAUUCCACCACUAAAACCUCCAGUCUCCCCUUGGCUACCUGCCUUGGGGACAUUGGUAUAUGGCUGUCUUGAUCUUUUACCUCCAGCACCCUCCUCCAACCUGCUUUCUCUGGUGUCUCCGAGUGCACCCAGCCACCCUCUUUGGGCCUCCACUUCCUGAGAGAGCUGUAUUCCGAACAAACCCAGGAGUUCCUCUCCAUCUCACCUGUACUUCCCUCUGGAAUCUGGCUGAGAUGCCUGCUGCCCCUGGGGCAACCUGGCUGACCUGAUUCCCAGGCUUCAGGGGCAUGCCUCUUCUACGGCCACAGUGUAUGGAGAGGCCCCACCAGAAGCGGUACUGAGGGGCAGAAGAGGCGAGGCCAAAUCCAAUUGAGGCAAGAACUCAUACCUUCCCUUUGAGGAGUGUAUGAGUCUGAAGCUGCUUCCCAGGUCAGGGUCCCCAGCUUUGUAAGGACAAGUCUGUGGAGUGUUAAGCAGACCAAAAGCUGGCUCCUCCUCCCCAAAGCAGAGUCUAGGGAGGAAGUUUUAUCCCAUGUGAGAGCUCAUGACACCAGGUGGCAUCAACAUGUUUAUUGAACACCUACUUUGCAUGUGGUAUUACCAGGGGACAGAGGUGUGGAAGAAAAACUGAACACCGCCCUCAAAGAGCUCACCUUCUAGCUGGGGAGACAGCUUACAUACACACGCAGGAAUCGGAUGGUUCACCAACAGUGCCAUAUGCCUGGCAUCAUCAUUGUUGAAGCUCAAGUACCCAGGACUGGGUAACAAGAAAGGCUUUCUGGAGGAAGAAAAACUUGAGUGGGGCUUCAGAAGACCAAGCAUCUCAGACUGGAAAGGGCCUUGGUGAUCAUUUACUCCAGCAGUUUUCAAACCCUGUGGCCUCAGGACUCUUUCUUCAAAGAACCUUUGUGUGGAAAAACAAUAUAUAAAACAGG